GGAUAAUAGUCUCAAAGCCAGGUCGUUGCACCAAGGCUGUAUACCAAACCACGGACAGCUUUCUGUCCCAAACGAACAAUGCUCCAAACGCAAACCGCGGCUCUCUCUCCGCUCCCAGGCGCAGUCUUCGGCGCCGACGGUGUCUCGGGCGCGCUCGCCUCAGAGACAGCCGUGGUCCACGUCGCGUACGACGUCGCGGCCCCGCCGCCACGGCCGCCGGGCGCGUGGACGCGGUUCGUGUGCGUGAGCGACACGCACGCGCGGACGUUCGCCGUCCCUGACGGCGACGUCCUCCUGCACUCGGGCGACCUCACCGAGUCCGGCACGCUCGCUGAGGUGCGGGCGACGGUCGAGUGGCUCGCCGGCAUGCCCCACCGGGCCAAAAUAAUCAUCGCGGGGAACCACGAUCUCACGUUGGACGACCACGAGGACUGGUACGGCGAAGAGUACGCCCGCUGGCACCGCCGCGGCAAAGAGGACGUCGACGCCGUUAGGGAGGUGCUGACCGGCGACGAGGCGCGCGACGCGGGUGUCGUCUACCUCCAAGACGCGACUCACGAAUUCCAGGCGAAGGAAGGCGGCCGCACGUGGACUGUGUAUGGCUCACCUUGGUCGCCCUACUUCUGCAACUGGGCUUUCAACUACGAACGGGGUCUGCAUGCAGAAGCGUUGAUUUCGAAGAUCGCUCAGACAGAUAUCUUACUCACACACGGACCCCCAGCAGGGAUCCUCGAUCGCACGAUGACGGGGGACUCGGUGGGCUGUGAGGCCCUCGCGGCCAGACUGCCUCGCCUGCAGCCUCGUCUGCACGUCUUUGGGCACAUACACGAGGACCACGGUGUCCGGGUCUGCGAGUGGCAGUCUUCGGGGACGGGCCCCGGCUCUGGCCCGGGCUCGCAUCGAACAGUCUUUGUUAAUGCGGCCAACUACCCAGGAGGCCCUCGUCGGAGGGGGCCGAAUGGUAGAUUGUACGGCGUCGGACAGGGGGCGUUCCAGCCUGUCAUCGUUGAUCUCUGUGACACAGUUCCUCCGUCGGCAGAGGCUGCGGGCUCAGACGUCUGAAUCACAGUCAUUCCCCCUGGCUCUAUGCCAUUGCCUGAUGCGCCACGAGCAUGUCCUUUUCUAGCGCUUGUUGAGCUAAUCAGCGACAGACUGGCGAAGGUCGGGCGUUGCAUGGAACUCGGCCGUCUAUUCCUUCCGUAGCCGUACAUCUCGCAUCAUCCGUCGAGCCAGACAGCACCGAAGGGUGUCUUUGCGGGCAUCGGUCACCUAGCGCACUUGGGUUUGUAGCGGUGUAGACAGUGACGUGCCUGUGGCGCUUGCGUUAACCUCUACGAACGCCCACAUCCCGAUCCGAUGGGGAUUUUCAUUAUGCACAUGGUUAGCUUCCAGAUGCUGUGCGCCGCAAGUGUUUCGCCGUCUGUGGUGUAGACGUGGCUGCU